AAUUAAAUAAUAGCCGCCCACACACAACUGUACCUGGUGUGUUUCAAAUAGUAGCCGCAACACUCACUAGCUACUUUAGCGAUGCUUACCCACUAGCUGUAAACAAUCAACACAACAUUCAUACGUACCGUACACGGCAGCAGCGAUGGAGCCCAAGCCAGUCAUCACCUACCAUGGAGACACAGAGCUACUGGGACCUGUCCUUCAGAAGAAGCUACAGACAAGGCUUAAGCAACUACAACUAACCAGCCUCUCAAAAGAUGAGGGUCCUGCGUUCAGCUCUCUGUGCUCCGGGGUGACCUUUGCACCCCUCUCCACAGACAAGAAGCCACGCCCACCUUACGAACGUCCUGCUCUACACACAUACUGGACUAGUUGCAUUCAAUAUCGUACACACGAACAGAAGACAAUGGAACAGUGGUUAGACAAGGUCAAAGGUGGGGACGUGGGUACGCUGAUAGUUUACGUGGUGACAGCGGAGGUACGUACUCGCAGGACGAGGACAUUGACAGGGAAACCAGUCGAGGAGAGAAUCAAGAAUGACUUCCGGGGGCGGGCUGACGAGGUCAUCACCUUCCGACUGUCUGACAAUGAUGCAACGCGUCUCUCUGAGUCUUACAGCACUUUCACUAGCACUCUCAACCAGAUGUGUCUAGAUUGCUUCAAUAAAAUCAUUGAAAGAGAGGAAGAGCUGGUUGCUAGGCAGCAGCCCAUCCCCCCUGACAAGUUCUACCAGGACGUCUUUGUUAGAAAGCUUGACCUGGCCGUGUGCUUUGAGAUGACUCUGCAGAACCUCAGUGCACAGCUCAUGUACUAUGAAGCUAUCACUGACCUCGAGUCUGCCCUCACCGAAUAUGCAGCCACGCCCCCUUCCUGGCUCCGAGGACUAUGCCACGCCCCCUGUACGUCCUGGGACUAUCCGAAGCUGGUGUGGAGUCAGUUGUCAUGGCAAUAUCUGGCGGGAGUGCGGUCAUGCUCCUCUCCUUUACUGCAUGUACGCACAUUUUUCCUAUCACGAUUGUCCCACCUGCUGUUUACGCUGGGGAGGGCAUGGUCAGUGUCAGAGCUCGUCAUCAGCACACUCCACUGUAUGGCUCGGGAAAUCACCACUCUUCAGCUCUGUUUCCCUGAGGGCGCGUUUGAUUGCUGGGCGUACAUGAGUUGCAAUGAAGCCAUACAAGCGUUCAUGGCUCUCAUAUCUCCUGAUAGUCUACAGUCUGCCACCUCCUCUCUCCUGCUAGUGAGGGCACAGCUCUGGCACUAUGCUCUGGAGAAGUUGGAGGCCAUUGGUGGACUGUGUGGAGUCAUGCCAUCAGCUAACAAGCUGAACCAGGACAGUGUUCUUAUCAAGCAGCUCACUUCAGGAAUACAUCCAGUACCACUAGACUUUGUUCCCACCGAUGUCUCGGGUAUCGAGGACCAAGGAAAGUGUUUACUAGACACUCUCAAUGACAGGCUCACAUUCCAAACUGAGUUCUUGAGACUAGGAGAGAUGGUGAUUGGUGCAUUCAAAUACGCAGGGCGUCGCCGGAUGGCCUUCAGUGUCGGUACCACCAUCGCCCAGUUCCAAAAAGAGCUUGGAUUGGUCAACGAGGCUGAGGAGCUACUCAGUGACAUCUGCAAGUUCUACUCAGAGGACCAAUGGACGCAGUUAAGCACCAACGCUUUCGCUCUGUCAGCAGGCUGUCAACUCAAGCUCAAAAUGGAGGAUAAAUAUGUCAACACAAUGCUCCUACUAGUGUCCCUCCCCCCCCACCCUGGUGAAUCACAUGAUCCUAGCAAGUGGCUCUCAUCCCUGGCAUCCAUUGCACACAGAUCACCCUAUCAGAAGUUGCUCAAUUGGGAGCCUCUGUUGUCGCUGGUGGGUGUGGUUAUUGAGGGAGGGCGGUCCUUCACUAUUGGAGACACUGUUAUCAUGGAGAUACGGCUAUCCUAUAACGGACCAAAGGAGCUUGUGAAGCUGAUAGCCACGGCAGAGUUGAGAGGAGGGGGCACUCCUCACACUAGCUCCACACCCUCCUCACCCGCCCGCCCACACACAUCCCCACCCUCCACCCCCACACUACUAGCCAACCUUGACGACCUCGACCUAUUUAACAGUGAUGGAAUGCGUGGAUCAAGACCCAUAGGUGGAGAGGGCAAAUAUCGUGCAAGCACAUCGCUAGUGACGCACAUAUCAUCGGCUGAGAUUGCUGAGCUGGUUGAAGAGGAUGGUGGGCGGGGGAAACACCCGGACAUGUUGAGAGCAAUGGGUGUGGUCAUUCACCCGGGGGACAACAGAAUACUCCUCUCUGGCAAGGUAUCACACUGUGGUGAUUGCUCCCCACACAAGCUCAGUCUUAAGUGGGGCUGUCUGGACUUCGUGCACACGCUCAGCCACGCCCCUCAGCUAUCAGUACACCCCCUCACUGUGAACCUUGACCUCUGGCUACUAUCUGAGUGCGGAGUGUUCCUAGAGGGAGCCACUCACGACUGCCAUCUCGUCGUCAAGGUUGGGGAAGAUACUACCAUCCCAGAAAAUGCUCAAAUUCGCUUGGACUUGAGCAAUGGAAUCUCUAGCUCUGAUCAACUGUUGUUCACAUUACCCGGGAUGUGUGCAGGAGAAUCACAUGACUGUCACAUGACUCUAUCUGUUGACUCUAACUCAUCACAUGAUCCCCCACCCUCCAAUGAGCUAACCACAUGGACACAUGAGGCAACGGCUUAUUGUGAUUGGUUGACUCCUACACAUGUUGCUGUGAUGCCCGUACGAGUGUAUCGACCUCUGACCUUGAGGGUGUCAGAGCAUUGUGGGGGUCAAAGGUCAUUCCUCCGUGUAGAGGUGGUCAACAGCUGUCCCCUACCCCUGAGAUUGAGGGAUGUGAGACUGAGCUCCCCCCCAUCACUGGAUCUCACUCCACUACACACACAGCCUGAGUUGCUCUACCCUCGUGAGAGCUACUCGCUACUGUGGGCUGUGGGAACUGCCACGCCCACUCUAGGGUCCGUCAAUGAUGUCACUAUAUCACUAGACUACCUGCCGUGUAUCCAUGACGACCAGCAGCCCUUGGACUACAGAACCUUCAACUACAACUUUCAAGUGUCUGACAUGACACCUGUGUUUGAGUUGCGUGCUUUUGUGGACAGUAAUCAUGAGGCACCUCUCAGAGUGAAGGGUCCGGCCACACUCAGCUACCAUCUCAAGAACACUACCAUCACACGUACCCAGCUACCAGCACAACUACACUAUCAGGUGGCUCCCUCGGCUGGAUGGGAGCUGUAUGCUGAUAGUGUGGGGGUGUUGGAUGUGCCUGGUGCUAACGAGACAGUAGUGGUGACAGUGAGUGUGGUCCCCAAGGGGGCGGGGCUACUCUCACUGCCUUCGCUAGUACUGAAAGUGGGCGGAGUCACUAUCGGUGGAGCUCAAGUGUAUAAUCUCUCCCAAGGACAAAUGGUGCCCGUCAAUAAAGGACUUUAUUAAUAGCUUUAGUUUGAGAUAUUAUUAUUAUAACAAAUUUUUUAAUUAUGUUUUGUGUGUCAAUUAUAACCCAUUUGUACUGCAAACAAGUGUACACAAAACACAUAAACACAGUAAUCAUUGAUUAAUAUAAAACUA